CACCCGCGCCUACCGAAGCGCGCUUGGGACGUCCCAAUCCUAUUUCGCCUCGUCACUUUCACAGAGAAUCUCUGGAGGAGCGCUGGUGACUCUAGUAAAGCUCCCUCCCAAGUUCCCACCGCCAUAGCCAUUUUCUCUCUCUAGAGAUAUAGAGAGAGAGAGAGAGAAGAUAGAGAGGAUUCAAGGCGAAGAAGAUGGAGCUGGAGUCGGUGGGCGAUCUGGCGCUGAACCUCAUCCUGACAAAGCUGGGGCCCGAGAACGUCGGCCGGGUCGCCUGCGUGAACCGGAAGCUCCGCCUCUCCGCCGACGAGGAGGCCCUCUGGUCCCGGUUCUGCUCGGAGGAGCUCCACCUCUCCGCUCCUCUCGAUCCCCGCGGCGAUCCUCUCCCUUCUUUCAAGGCGGCUUAUAAAAAAUGGAGAGAAGAUUUCCGCAUGUAUCCAUGGCCCCUUGUCAAACGAGUAAAAAGAUGUUGGGACAGACUGCAGGGAUGGUUGUUGACGAAUUUCCCUGACGCUGCGGCCACUCUCAGAAAGGGUGCAUCUGAAGCUGCUAUUCAGGAGUUGGAUCGUGUUAGGGUAAAGUUACCUCUUCCGAUGAGGAUACUCUAUCGCUUUCACGAUGGUCAAGAUUUUGACGAAAGUGAUUUCACAGAAAAUACACCUGGCAGUUCCCUGGGCAUCAUCGGCGGCUAUUCUUUUUAUGGUUAUGUCGUAAAUGUGAACUUGUUACCUUUAAGUAAGGUGAUUAUGGAGACAAAUCAUGUUGUACGGCACCUUGGAUUUUCAAGCAGAUCCAACUACAUAGUCGUGGCUGCUUCUUCCACAUCUGUAGAGAAGCUGUUUUUCCUCAACUGUAGAGAUGGUCAACUUCAUGUUGGCACCAGGAAUCUUCCCUUUGAUGGAGAAAUGAUGCCAUGUGUUCCAAAAUCAUUGAUAAGUUCAGUGCAUGAUAGGAAUGCUGAUCUGCAGCAGGAUGCCAUGCUUCUUUGGUUAGAGGAACAUGGUCGUCGCUUGCGAAGUGGCAUGAUCAAACUUCGUGAAGACGGAGGUGUCAGAAGUAUCUGUCUGUUUCCAGAAGAACCUCCCCUCUGUUCCACUGCCAUAACUAAUGGUGUCCGGAUUCGAUCUUCUGCUGUCUUCGCUCCGGAGCACUCUGAUCUCCAAAAUGAAUCUGAUAAAUAUCUAUUUGCAUAUUCAAUUCGGAUGUCACUGAUUCCCGAGGGAUGCAUGGCCAAUGAAAUGCCCUGCAACUUUUGCCAAUUGUAUAGGAGGCACUGGAUUAUCCGUGCUAAUGAUGCUGUAGUCUCAAAUGUCAAUGGGGAUGCUGUCAUUGGAAAGUUCCCUCUCUUGCAUUCGGGUGGCAAAGAGUUUGUUUAUGAGAGUUGCACUCAUUUGAAAUCUCCAAGGGGAUCUAUUGAAGGCGCUUUCACCUUUGUGCCUGGAAGACUGGCAGAUCCAAAGGGCAGCUUCUUUUCAGUUCAAGUGGCACAAUUUCCUCUUCAGCUUCCAGAUUAUGUCUUCUAAGUGUAUCUGUCACCAUAUGACGCUCAACUUCUACUAUGUAUGCAAUCCAUCCUGCAAUCGCAUUGACUGAUCUGUUUUGGGAAGUCACUGAAGGCAAGUUCAUAGUUUUGGUGUGGCUUGUUUUAUGUCAUGAACGGUUUCAUUUGAUCUGUUUUGUCUUGUAGUCUACCUGCUCUUUCAGUUUAUUGUCCAUAAAUAAGGUCGCUUACUCUCCUUUA